AUGAGCAAACCAAUUCCACAACCUGAAAAAACAUUUAUAAUCGGUAAUUUGAAAGAAUUGGAUCCUGAUCACACUUUGAAUUCGUUUAUUCGGCUACAAAAGUUGUACGGUGAUAUCUAUCGAUUGAACAUAUUCGACAAAACACUUGUUGUCGUAUCUACUCAAGAGAUUAUCAAUUUCUUGUGCGACGAAACAAAAUUCGACAAGCACGUUGAUUUUGCUCUUCAAGAAUUAAGAAAUUCAGUCGGUGAUGGACUUUUCACUGCAUCGACAUCGGAACCUAAUUGGAAACUUGCACACAAAAUCUUGAUGCCUGCUUUCGGCCCACAAGCAAUUCGGGAUAUGUUUCCCGCAAUGAUGGACAUUUCUUCACAAUUGAUUCUUCGAUGGGAACGAUUUGCUGGUGAAGAAAUUGAUGUUUGUGAUAAUUUAACUCGCCUCACAUUGGAUACCAUUGCUUUGUGUGCUUUUAAUUACCGAUUCAAUACUUUUUAUCAAACGACUAUAAAUCGUUUUGUUAAAUCGAUGGCUAAUGUUCUUGUUGAAAGUGGCAAACGAAGUCAACGACCUUCUUUUGUAAACAAAAUGAUGGUCAAAAGUACACGCCGUUAUCAUAAAGAUACUGCAUAUCUUCAUCAACUGUGUGAUGAUAUUGUCAAAGAACGACGAAAACAUCCAAAUGAUGUCAAUGACCUACUCAAUCGAAUGAUCAAUGGCAAAGAUCCUGACACUGGCUAUCAGCUAUCUGAUGAAAAUAUUCGCUAUCAGAUUAUCACUUUCUUGGUUGCCGGACAUGAAACAACAUCUGGACUACUCUCAUUUACUCUCUAUUAUCUUCUGAAAAAUCCUCAUGUCUUACAAAAGGCACAAGCAGAAAUCGAUCAAUUCAGUGAAAUUACAAUUGAUGUAUUAGGUCAACUGAAAUACAUCGAUGCGAUACUGAAAGAGACACUUCGCUUACAGCCCACGGCACCUGGAUUUAAUGUCGCAUCUAAGGUGGGCGAUAUUAUACUUCCUGGCGGUUAUGAAGUCCAUAAGAAUGAUACGAUAUCCAUUCUUUUACCACAGCUGCAUCGUGAUCCGAAAGUUUGGGAUCAACCUGAAGAAUUUCGACCUGAGCGCAUGUUAAAUGGUGGAUUUGAGAAACUUCCACCCAACUCAUGGAAACCAUUUGGUAACGGUCAACGUGCUUGUAUUGGUCGACCUUUCGCAUGGCAAGAAAGUCUUCUCGCUCUCGCACUCAUUCUCAAACAUUUUCAUCUCGAAUUCGUCGAUCCUGCUUACGAUCUUCGCAUCAAACAAACAUUAACUAUCAAACCCGAGGGUUUCAAAAUGCGCGUUCGACCCCGACAACAGAUCGGAUUCGCACUCCACUCAUCAUCAACAACAACAACAACAACAAAGAAAUCAGAGAAAGCGCCAGAAACAAAAUCAAAUCGAGAAGAUCUCCGACCAAUGUGUGUUCUCUUUGGUAGUAAUUCUGGCUCUUGUCAAUCCUUUGCAGAAACACUGGCAUCCGAAGCAUCUCUCUAUGGUUACAAUGCAAGUGUGUCCACUCUCGACUCUGCUGUUGGACAUCUUCCCACCGAUCGACCUGUUAUCAUUAUCACUGCUUCAUAUGAAGGACAACCCUGUGAAAAUGCCAAACAAUUCGUUGCAUAUCUCGAAACCAAACCCGAUUUACCCAUCAAUUAUGCCGUUUUUGGAGCUGGUCAUCGUGACUGGGUGGACACAUAUCACAAGAUUCCAGCUCAUAUCGAUCAGAUGAUUGCAAGUACUGGUGGCACACGAAUCAUCGAUCGAGGUGCGGGUGAUGCUGCAGGUGACUUCUUCGGUGCAUUUGAAUGCUGGAAAGAAGAUCUCUUUCGAACAUUAUUGCAAAAACAUACCGACAAUCGUAAUGUCAUCAGUGAUGAAAAGCUUUCCAUCGAAAUUGUGAAUACGAAGAGAAAUCUGGGACAGAUGACCGACUUCGGCAUUGUGAUGAAAAACGAAUGUUUAGUCGAAGCGAAUGAAAUCGGACCGAUGAAACGACAUCUCGAGAUUCAACUGCCUACCGGACAAACUUAUCGAACUGGUGAUUAUCUCGCUGUUUUACCCACGAAUCCAAUCGAAGUCGUCUCUCGUGUUCUCAAACGAUUCAACCUGUCUAGUGACACUCAUGUGAAGAUUGCAUCAUCAACGAACACAUUCUUUCCAACUAACUAUCCCAUCAGUGCAUUCGACAUCUUGAGUGGUUAUGUCGAACUAGCUCAACCAAUCAGCAAACGACAGAUCGAAAUUCUUGCUGAUGUUUGUCACAAUGAGAAAGAACAAAUCACUCUUCGAAAUCUUGCUGGAGAUUCGUAUGAGAAAGAGAUUCUGGAGAAACGUGUCAGUGUGUUGGAUAUUCUCGAAUUGUAUCCAUCAUGUGAACUGUCUUUUGCACAAUAUCUUCGAAUGUUGCCUGCUCUUCGCAUUCGUCAGUACAGUAUUUCAUCUUCACCUCUGUGGAAUGCACAAGUUGUGACAUUGACCAUUGAUGUGAUCAACACUCCAUCGUUGAGUGGAGUUGGACAAUAUUUUGGUGUGGCAUCGAACUAUUUGGCGAAUCUGAAAGAAUCAGACAAGAUCAACUGUUGUAUUCGAGCGAGUAAUGUUCGAUUUCAUCCACCUGAAGAUACUCGAGUACCGAUCGUGAUGAUGGCAGCAGGAACAGGCAUUGCACCAUUUCGAGGAUUUAUCCAAGAGAGAGCAGCUCAGUUGGUAUGUGGAAGAGAAGUUGGACGAGCAGUUCUGUACUAUGGUUGUCGAACAAGAGAGGAUUUCUUGUAUGCUGAUGAGUUGGAGAAAUGGGCAAAAGUGGGUGCAGUUGAAGUGAGAAGUGUUUUCUCUCGUGAGAUAAUCGAUGGAAAGAAAUAUGUUCAAGAUCUGGUUUGGGAAGAUCGAAAAGAAAUCGCGAAGUUGUAUGAUGAUGGAGCAAGGUUUUAUACAUGUGGUAGUGCAAGAAAGUUGGGUGCUUCAGUGAAAACAUGUUUUGUGAAGAUCAUUGAAGAAAUGAAACAAUGUGAUGAACAGGCAGCAGGAAAAAUAUUAGAGAAUAUGUCAUUGGAUCGGUAUAGUGUUGAUGUUUUUGCAUAA